CAACAUGUAUUGCCCAGAUCAUGACGGACACCAGACAAACGAAACAAACAGAAUACAUUACAGCAAAGCAAAACAACAGCUGAAGUGCGUAUAAUUUUGAUGAAGCUAAAUUGAUAGUUUACCUGUUAAUAGACCGUAUUAGUGGUAAAUAAGUUUCUUCAGCAAUACUUGUAAUAAGUAUCACAUCGAUAUAUUCCACUAUGAUUCACGGUGCAAGGUCUUUGACCAGCGAAGUGCUACGUCACAGCAAAACAAACUAUAGUAAUCGAUUGAUGAGUGCAGCUAAUCGCAUAAAUGUUAAAGUUCGACAGGGAGUUGUGUCUGGUAUUAGAGAACAGCUUCCUAAUGGUAACGACUCGUUUGCAUUCCGCGGGAUUCCGUAUGCAAAACCUCCGGUCGGGGAACUUCGGCACAAGGCGCCACAACCUUUGGACAAGUUCCAAAGUCCAGUGCUCGACUGUAGUGUCGAAAGAGACGUAUGCUUCAGUAGGAAUAUGUUUACCCAGGAGAUAGAGGGUUCAGAAAAUUGUUUGUUUCUGAACGUUUACACACCACUGUUGAAAAGCGAAGGCAAACGAUUACCGGUGAUGGUGUUCAUUCAUGGCGGGGCGUUCAUGUUUGGCAGUGGCAAUUCUGAUUGUUACUCUCCGGAAUAUUUAUUGCAGGAAGGCGUAGUGACGGUAACAUGCAACUACCGUUUGAGUACGCUUGGAUUCUCAUAUUUGCCGAGUCAGGGCAUUGAAGGAAACGCUGGUUUGAAGGAUCAACUGAUGGUACUAAAAUGGGUUAAUGAAAAUAUUUCCAGUUUUGGCGGAGAUCCCAACAACGUGACACUUUUUGGAGAAAGUGCUGGGGCUGCAUCAGUACAUCUGCACUUGUUAUCACCCCGUUCACGUCAAUAUUUUCAUAAAGCCAUUUGCCAAAGUGGAUGCAGUAUAAUGGAAUGGGUUAUGCAACUUAAUCCUGAGGAAAAAGCGAGAACCUUAGCGAAACUCAUCGGUUGCAAGGGAGAAAACGAUGCAGAUGUGUAUGAAACUUUGAUGACGGCUUCGACUGAAGAUCUUGUGGGACGAAUGCUAGGAGUAAUGACGGCCGACGAAAAAGUUCGUGGAUUACCAAUGCCAUUCAAGCCGGUGGUAGAAAGUGAAACGGCAACGGACGCAAUUGUGACAAAAGCCCCAAUUGAUGUGAUGAAAACCCCAAACAGUAUUUCUAAUAUUCCAUUAAUGUUAGGAGUGAACAAUCGGGAGGGCACUAUUAUGUUGUUGGAUGCCGUUAAGAAACUAGGCGUGUAUGAUAAAGAUCUUGCAAGGCUCAUACCACGUACGGUGAACGUCAAUCCCUACACACUUGCCAGUAAGGAGCUUGGAGAGGAAAUCAAGAAGUUCUAUUUUGGUGGGAAAAGUGUGUGUAAUGAAACCGUCCCUCAGUUGGCAGAUUUGAUGAGUGAUUAUCACUUUGGUAUUCUCGCCAAUACUUGCGCCGAACUACAUGCAAGAUAUCAGCACCAGUCUCCACUGUAUUACUAUAACUUUAGCUUCGAUGGCAUGUUAAAUAUGUAUAAAAGAAUGUUACAGUUGAAUGUUCCUGGUGCCUGCCAUGCCGAUGAAUUAUCGUACCAAUUCCUAUUCCGUAUCGCCCCAGUCGAGGUUGCUGCCGAUUCACCAGAGGCACGCGUUCGCUAUUACAUGUGCCGUAUGUGGACCAAUUUCGCAAAACAUGGAAAUCCUACUCCAACGGAAGAUACAUCUCUGCCUUUCUGCUGGAAUCCUGUAACGAAUAUCGAUCCCAACUCGAAAGAGGAGUUUCAAUUGAAUUGCUUGGAUAUUGAUGCAAAUCCAAAAAUGAUUCAAAAUCCAGACAAAGGACGAAUUGACUUUUGGCGAGAUGUUUAUAGACGUUACAAUGAGGACAUAUUGAAAGUUAGGCUAUGAAAAAUUUAGCUAGGUAUUUUAAUGAAAUUAGACUGAUAAUUAAAGGUUUUGUGAUAAGCUU